AAUGAAAACUUUAAAUAAUUUGCUUUGGUUUUCGCUGUUGACCUGCAGAAUAUACACUGUUCGUGCUACAAGAUAUUCUGACGCUGAAUCACUACUUCAAAAUAUCUUUACAAACUACUCAACAGAUCUUCGUCCGAAUACGAAUUAUUCCGAAGUUACCAACGUUUCUGUCCAUCCGUUCGUGUUUUCUGUCAAUGAUUUUGACGAAGUAUCAGGCGUUAUAUCUAUUGUGGUCGGGUUUAUGUUAAAAUGGCAUGAUUUUCGACUGACUUGGACACCGAGUAACUAUGGUGGCAUCAUGGAAUUUCCUAUUACGCCGAAGAAACUUUGGGUUCCGAAGAUAUUUUUGGCUGAUCCAGCGAAUAAGAUGGAAGCUGUUGGAAGCGCUGAUUUUGUAGGAAGGAUAUAUCACAACGGCCUCGUGUCCUGGUUACCCGGAUGUCUGAUUCAGACUUUAUGCAGUGUUAAUAUGUACAGAUUUCCGUUCGACAUUCAGAAAUGUUCUUUCACCCUAACUCCAUGGGGAUAUUUGCCAUUAGAAGUAAAGCUAAUUCCUUCCAAUGGUAUGUCAUUCGUAGAUACAACAUAUUAUUCUUCGAAUGCUCAAUGGACAUUAGAGGGAACACGAAUGAAGCGAUCUGCAAAGAGAGAAUACGACAGUUUAAUUGAAAUACAAUUGAUUUUGAAGAGGAAAUCUCUGUACUUUGUUAUCAACAUGUUGGCCCCCAUUCUUCUCCUGUCCUUACUGAAUCCUCUGGUUUUUGCCUUGCCCAUUGACAGUGGCGAGCGUAUAUCCUAUGCUAUAACGAUCUAUUUGUCUUUUGCCGUUUUCCUGACCUUGCUAAAUGACAACAUUCCAAAAUCUUCCGAGUCGAUGUCUUUAAUGUCGUAUUUCUUAUUAGAGAUCAUGUCUAUGAGCACAGUGAUAUGUAUUUUGACUAUUCUCACUAUGCAUUUUCAUUUCAAAGAGUCUCAUUCAAAACUUUCGGGGAGAGCUGUAUUUAUCCUUAAUGUUCUGCGACUUCAUUUUUUGCGUCAAUGUCGUAGAAAACGCAUAAAGAAAACUACAGUGCAUGGUACCGCGGGGUUGGGUGACGAUGCAAAUAGUAAAAUAUCAGAUGAAGAUGAAUUGGAAGAUGGCGACUCAAUUACUUGGAAAACUUUAGCGGAGGGAUACGACAAAGUAAUGAUGUACUAUUUCUACUUACUUGUUUUUCUGCAAUGGUUUAUCCUUAGUGCUAUUUUGGUAUUAUGA